CGUGGUCAAGAAACAGAAUAAGAAGAUAAGAAUAACAUGUCAUAACCUACAAUUAUUUUAAAAAGUGAUCUUUGUUUGUUUGUGGUUUACAUUAUUUUUCAGAUGAAUAUUUCAUAGUGAAAUUAGAAUAACUGUUUACCUUGGUUUACCUUGUAAAUAUACUUUUUUGAUAGAAUGGAUUCCAAGGAGUUACCAAAAGGAUGGAAGAAGUGUGAAAUAUGUAACAAAUCUUUUGUAAGCAAAUCAAACUUUAGAGCUCACAUUAAAUUAAAGCACCCAGAUGAUGUAGAAAAAUUAGAUCCAGGAGCAAAACCAACUGCACAAUGUAAUGUUUGCAAUAAAUCCAUUGAUAAAAGAUAUAUGACCAAGCAUCUAAAACUCAAACAUCCAGAAUUAGAAGAGACAUUGCCUGGUAAAAAGCUGUAUGACUCGACGCUGUGUCACAAAAAGUUCGACACAUCACAUGCAUCUUUAAAACACAAUCAUAAAUGUUUGAAAAUGUUGACAUGCAGUUUAUGUGAAUAUGAAAAUACAUCACAAAACAAACUUAUAUCACAUAUGAAAACAAUGCAUAGUAUUGAUAUAAAAAGUCAAGACUUGAUGUUUGAUUCGGUAGAAAAAUUUGAACAAUGGAAAACAGAACUAGAAAGAGACACUGUAUCAAAAUAUAAUAUUACACAUGGUUCAUAUGUAACACAGAAAUAUAAAAGAUCCCAAUAUUAUUGCCAAAGAUCAGGAUAUUAUAUCGCAAAGGGCAAACAACUGAGAGGUUUAAAAUCUCAAGGCAGCAAAAAAAUUAAUGGUUUUUGUCCAGCUAAAAUAGAUUGCAGACAAGAGGGUGAAAAAUGUAGUGUUACAUUCAUUUCAACUCAUGUUGGCCAUGCUGCAGAUUUAAGACAUUUAACUCUUACAUCUACUGAGAGACAAGAAAUUGCAAGGAAAAUAGCACAGAAAAUCCCUUUUGAGUUGAUAUUAGACGACAUUAAAGAAUCUGUACAUAAGGAGAGUUUACAAAGAAUGCAUUUAUUAAAAAGGAAAGAUCUGUACAAUAUUGAAAGGGAAUUUCAACUAAAUACUGAUUCUUUAGAUCAUAUAAACAAACGUUUAACUGUACAUUCUAAUGCAAAAGAAGUUGAGCCUCUAUAUCUACAACAUACACAAACUAUAUCUACUAAUCCUAAUCCAUCUAUUCAAGAAAGAAAAUUUUUUGAAAGAAAAUCAAAACUUUUAAAAGAUGUUAAUGAUAUACUUGAAAUUGUCACUAACCUAAAUAAUGAUGUAUCUGGUAAUAGUACUCUGGAAACUAUUGAAACAUUUGUAACAUCGGUUAAACAAACAUUGGAAGCAUCCAGUAGACAUAAGGAACUGAAGACAGUCAACAAAUGAAAAUAUUAAUAAGCAGAGCAGAUUUUUGCAGUAAAAAAAUCUUCGAAAGCAGGUGCUAAAAGAGAGUAUUAUCACUACCUUCAACAGAUAAAGCCAAUUCACUUGUAAUUUUAAAUAAAAAGUUGACAUAAGAUUA